AUGAACUUGGAUGGCUUAGCACAGAUUACAGACAAUGGCCUCCUGAUGUUGAUAAACACCACUAAUCAAGAGGUUGCUCAUGCCUUCUACCCUCAUCCCCUUCACUUCAGAAACUCAACCACAGGUAAUGCUUUAUCCUUCUCCACUACUUUUGUAUUUGCCUUUCGGAUGUUAAUGAGAUAUAGUAAACCUGGAAUGGCAUUUGUUAUUGCACCCUCAAGAGAAUUCUCAGGUGCUUUGGCAGGAAAUUAUCUCAGCCUCUUCAAUUGGACCAACAUUGGCAAACAAUCAAACCAUGUCAUCGCAAUCGAGCUGGAUUGUUUCCGAAACAUGGAGUUCGAUGACAUUGAUGGAAACCAUGUUGACAAUGAGCUAAACGGAAGAUUAGGAGAUUUUGGGCUUGCAAGAUUAUAUGAUCAUGGAACUGGUCCUCAAACUACGCAUGAAAUGGGGACACUUGGCUAUAUUGCUCCAGAACUUUAUAGGACUGGGAAGGCAAACCCUUGUGGGGAUGUGUUUUCCUUUGGGAUUAUUUUGCUCGAAGUUGCUUGUGGUAGGAGACCUAUAGAGCGAGAAGCAUCUGAAGAGUCUGUGGUGCUGGUGGAUUGGGUGAUUUCAUGUUGGCGUAGGGGCAGUAUUCUUGAUAUUGUGGAUCCAAAAUUGAGGAUGAAUUAA